AUGGAGUCUGCAAAUCUCCAUCCUCACCCUAAGGUUCAAGAACAGUAUGUUAAAUAUUCACCUCUGGCAACUCAAACAGGCCAUCAUCAAGUAUCAACCUCUGAUGAAUGGAACCCGAGCCUCGUUCCGAAUAUUGGUAGUAAAUACAAUAGGAAUCUGACUGAAACCAUCCCAAAAUCAAGGGAUCUAUGGGCGCCGCCUUUGAUCAGGACUUCCAUGAAUCAAGAUAGCUUCAACCAACAAUCUGCCAGUGAGUUUCUCCUUACAAAUAUCAAAGAUGAGAUGUCAGAUUCCUUCCCCAAACUGAGUGAGAUGAUGUACUGCCACUCCAGUGCAGAGGACUCGUAUUUACCAUUUAAAAAACACUAUAUAUAUCCACAAUCUAGUGAUCUUGGAGGAAAUCUAUGGCACAGCAAUUUCUCCAUUGCUAACCACAUGACUGAGCUGCAGCUUUCAUCAGGAGACUCGUACAGGAAUGCUCAUCAGUCCCCAUGUUUGGGAACUGCAGCAGCAACUAGCAGAUAUGACUUCAAUCAUAUCUUUCCAAGUACAAAUAUUUCCACAUCGGAUUUGUGUUCUACAUUGUUUUCAAGCUCUUUGGACUUGAACUUGAAGGCCUUGGAUCUUUUGACUUCUACAUAUGAUGGUGGGAGUUGUAAUCAAUCUUUACUUGAUAGUCCUGGGAAACUAAGCAGAAGUGUUCUUGUGGGCCAUGAUAACAUAAGAGAACGUAGUGAUAGUCCAUCGACCAGCUCCAAUAAAGUGAUUAGUGGAUCGACUACAAGCACAAAGAGGCCUGGUAGCUUUUCUGAGACAAAGGAAUUCCAACAAGAUGCUAAGAAGCAUCGGUCCUCAACGUCACGAUCCCCAUGCCCAACAUUGAAGGUUAGAAAGGAGAAACUAGGAGACAGGGUUGCAGCUCUUCAGAAGUUGGUGGCACCUUUUGGCAAGACAGACACAGCCACUGUGUUAACAGAAGCCAUUGGGUACAUCCAGUUCCUGCAUGACCAAGUUCAGACACUGAGCGUCCCAUUUAUGAAGUCAUCACAAAGCAGGCUUUAUAGAACAGUUCAAGUGGCAGAAGGACAAGAAGAGCAGAAGCGUGACCUUAGAAGCAGAGGACUAUGCCUUGUGCCCCAGUCUUACGCAUCAUAUUUUAUUAAUAGUUGCGGUGGUGGCAUCUAG